AUGAAGUGGGAAUCCUCCCUGCUGAGUCCUAUCACACUCCAGCGAUGUUGCAGCUCUUCCAGGUCCACAGUCGAUACUCCUUCAGGUGGGCAGAUCUGGGAGCUAAACCAGCCCAAGUUAACCUGCAACCCAGGGUCAGGCUGUGACCUAGGACUGCUCUGCCCAGGCUUCCCCAGCCGGGUUCUACUUCAGGACCGGGGACAGAGCUCUUCCGGCGCCUGUGGUCUCAGCACCAGGGACAGCGCUGGAGCGUUUGAGGGACUUCGGUGGCGGCUCGCCCCAGCCCUGGAGGCUCCGCGACGGGGAUUUGCCAAGCUCCAGCCUAAGAAGGGAUUAAGAGGGUGGGUGGAGGCGGGGGAGAGCCCUGGGUCGGGGCCAAUCCCGGAGAUACGGGUGGAGAGUCUGGGCCCCGGCCAACGGGAAAUCCGAGCCUCCGAGGUCCCAAAUGUCCGGGUCCCCCCAGUUCCAUGGGCUCCCUAUCUGUUCCUGGUGAAAUGUGGGAUCAGCAUCUCCACCGUCUUCCUCCUCGCACUCAUCUUGGCCUUCCACGCUAAGGAGGUGCAGCUCUUCAUGACCGACAACGGCCUCCGCGACUGGCGGGUGGCGCUGACCGGGCGCCAGGUGGCCCAGAUGGUGCUGGAGCUGCUGGUGUGCGGGGCGCACCCUCCGCCGCUGCCCGCGUGGGCCGCGCCUUCGUGCCAGAGUCCCGCGCGCCCGUGGCCCGUGUUCCUGAGCCAGGUCGAGGCGCUGCUGUCGCUGGCCAUGCUGCUCCGCCUCUACCUGGUGCCCCGGGCCGUGCUGCUCCGCAGCGGGGUGCUGCUCAACGCCUCUUACCGCAGCAUCGGCGCCCUCAACCGGGUGCGCUUCCGCCACUGGUUCGUGGCCAAACUGUACAUGAACACGCACCCCGGCCGCCUCCUGCUGGCCCUCACCCUCGGGCUCUGGCUCACCACGGCCUGGGUGCUCUCCGUGGCCGAGAGGCAGGCGAUCAAUGCCACAGGGCACCUGACAGACACUCUGUGGCUCAUCCCCAUCACCUUCCUGACCAUCGGCUAUGGGGAUGUGGUUCCAGGCACCGUGUGGGGGAAGAUUGUCUGUCUUUGCACAGGGGUGAUGGGGGUGUGCUGUACAGCUCUCCUAGUGGCUGUCGUUGCCCGAAAGCUGGAAUUCAAUAAGGCGGAGAAACACGUCCACAAUUUCAUGAUGGAUAUUCAAUACGCCAAAGAGAUGAGGGAUUCUGCGGCCCGAGUGCUACAGGAAGCCUGGAUGUUCUACAAACAUAUCAGAAGGAAGGAAUCCGGAGCUGCUCGGAGGCACCAGCGGAAAUUGCUCUCAGCCAUCCACAUAUUCCGUCAGGUCCGCUUAAAACACCGGAAACUGCGAGAACAAGUGAACUCCAUGGUGGACAUCUCCAAGAUGCACAUGAUCCUGUGUGACUUGCAAUCUGGCCUCAGCACUUCCCACAGAAACCUGGAGAAGCGAAUGGAUAUACUAGGAGGGAAACUGGACACGCUGACCCAACUCCUCAGUGCAGCCUUAGAAUCUAGGCAGGCCCCAGAACCCAGGGAAGACACAUAGUUGGGUCUAUGGAAGGGAACCCAGCUCCUUUGGCCCCGGGGGACAAGGGGGCAGCCAUCCCCUUUCACUUCAUCAGGGCAUGAAGGAGGGGCCCACCUCUCUCUAAGAGCUGCUAAAGGAGUCCCUGGCUGGGCCAGGGGUACCCCUGUUCACCCAAGCAAUGGAAGUGGUGGAUUUCAAAGCUGCUACAAGGCCAGAGAGCCAAGGAACCUGCGAGCAAGAGGCCACAGGCUUUCUGCAAGUCACACCAUCAA